AUGGCGUCUCUCCCUCCUCUGGACCCCAUCAGUACCAAUGGGGAUCGUGGCAAAAAAGUCGCUUACUUCUACGAUUCGGAUGUGGGCAACUAUGCCUACGUCUCCGGGCACCCCAUGAAGCCCCAUCGCAUAAGGUUGACGCACAGCUUGGUGAUGAACUAUGGUCUCUACAAGAAAAUGGAGAUUUACCGUGCGAAACCCGCCUCGAAGUACGAGAUGACCCAGUUCCACACCGACGAUUACAUCGAAUUCCUUUCUAAGGUGACACCGGAUAACAUGGACUCUUUCGCGAAAGAGCAAAGCAAGUAUAAUGUCGGUGAUGACUGUCCCGUCUUCGAUGGUCUCUUCGAAUUCUGUGGUAUUAGCGCGGGUGGCAGUAUGGAAGGCGCGGCUCGGCUUAAUCGCAACAAAUGCGACAUCGCCGUUAACUGGGCCGGUGGUCUCCACCACGCCAAAAAGAGCGAGGCUAGUGGAUUCUGCUACGUGAAUGAUAUCGUCUUGGGUAUUCUCGAGUUGCUGCGUUUCAAGCAGCGAGUCUUGUACGUCGACAUCGAUGUCCACCAUGGUGAUGGUGUGGAAGAAGCUUUCUAUACUACGGACCGUGUCAUGACCGUCUCUUUCCACAAAUAUGGAGAAUACUUCCCUGGAACUGGUGAACUUCGCGACACCGGCGUUGGACACGGCAAGAACUAUGCCGUGAACUUUCCGCUCCGUGAUGGUAUUGACGACAUUUCGUACAAGAGCAUCUUUGAACCGGUGAUAAGGAGCGUUAUGGAGUGGUACCGCCCGGAAGCGGUGGUUCUCCAGUGUGGUGGCGACAGUCUGUCUGGAGAUCGCUUGGGAUGUUUCAACCUGAGUAUGCGAGGCCAUGCCAACUGUGUCAACUUCAUCAAGAGCUUCAACUUGCCCACCUUGAUUCUUGGAGGAGGUGGCUACACCAUGCGGAAUGUUGCACGGACCUGGGCUUUCGAGACCGGUAUCCUUGUGGGAGACUCCCUGGGCGCCGAGCUUCCCUAUAACGAUUACUAUGAGUACUUCGCCCCGGAUUACGAGUUGGACGUGCGCCCGUCGAACAUGGACAACGCCAACACCAAGGAAUAUCUUGACAAGAUUCGCGCUCAAGUCGUCGAGAACCUCAAGCGGUGCGCUUUUGCGCCUUCUGUGCAAAUGACCGAUGUACCCCGGGACCCUCUGGUGGAAGGCAUGGACGAUGAGGCGGAUGAUAUUCUUGACGACUUAGACGAAGAUGAAAACAAGGACAAGCGAUACACGAAGCGGCGAUUUGACCAGUACAUUCAAAAGGAGGGCGAACUCAGCGAGAGCGAGGAUGAGGAGGAGAACGCAGCUCAUGGUAUCCGUCGACAGCCCAAUGCGUUGAAGAGGAGAAACCAGGCCAAUUACAGGCACCUCGAUCCUGCCGAUUCUGGGCUUGAAAGUGGAAUGGCAACCCCUCAAGACGCAUCCUCGAUUCCGGACGAUGAUAUGGACACGACCGCGGAUGCGAAGAUGGGUGAUGCACCCGAACCUGUGACAGAAGCCGCCGGCUCCCCGUCCGCUGCAGCUGAACCGCCAUCGAGGGCCGAGGAAGCGUCUGCUGCCGAGAAAACCGACAUGGUCCUUGAUGAUCAGGAACAAACCGCUGCCUCCGCUCCCAUCUCUCGUCAGCCAACCCCCAAGGGACAGGACGAAGAUAUCGCCAUGGAAGAUGUAAGCGAGGCCGCGCCAGAGCCGGAAAAGACGGAGCAAGCGGCAGCAGCUACUGCUCUCAGCGAGGCUCAAGACGAGAAGAAGCCCGCCGAGCAGACACCCGCUACUGAAAAGCCUGCUACGGAGCCUUCAUCACCGGGUAAGACUGGGUCUCCUGCAAAGGAGUCCACCGAGCAACCGGAACAGGCGCCCUCAGCGAAGGAGACCGAGGCCACGGAACCCGCAGAAACGAAAGAGAAAACGCCGGAGGCUACCAAGGAAGAACCUUCUGCGAACCAAGCGGAACCGGAAGCGACCAAGGAGGCCAGCAAGGAGACCACCACGGAACCACAACCAGAAGAGCCUACAAAGAGCGAGGAAUAA